GGAGGGGGAAAAAUGAAGAGAGUAUUGGUUGGAAAUGCUCACCUGAUAAGAAAAGCAAGUUGAAUGGAGUGAACUUAUUUAUCCUGUGCAUGUCUGUCAGGCUUAGUUCUCUAUUCCCUUUGUCCUUAAGAUUUAUUUCUUCUCGGUGUUUAUGCUACGCUUAAUUCUUUUGAGCAGCUAUUGUGAAAGGGGCUGUUGGGAGUAUUAAGAAAUGCGAUGUGUAACUCAGAAGUGGGAGAGACAUGAAGGGGUAUUUCAGGAAUACUGGGAAUAUUUAUUAAAUGAUGGAAACGAGACCAGAAAUUUUUGCAGCAGUUUUACAGAUGAUAAAUAUGUAGGUGGUCGAACUGGGGAACUUGUCUUUGCUCAGAAUUGCAGAGAGCACAUUAGGAACACUGUUACUAAAUUUUUCUGUACGUGCAGUGCUGCCGUAGUUUUGGUUCAGCCUUUUGUGAAUACUGAAAUUUCAGUCAUCUGCGUUAUACCAGGAAUGCAUUCAUUUCUGUAAGUUGCACGCAUGGUUAGGAGGAAAUCCACAUCCUGCUGUGCUAGGUUUUACUUUCAAAACAGUAUUUAAAGAUUAGAUGUUAUCAGAUAUUAUGGAAUUAAAAUUUUUCUCAGGCACAAUUUGCAUGGAGACUCUUGUGACAAAUCCAGAACAGAUUUCAUUUUUACUGCAAUUCAGGAGACUUGCUUUUUUGUUUUCACCAUGACCAAAGGGCCUCCAGUACUGACCAUAAAUAUUAUUAUAACCAGUGAGAGCUUUCAAGACAACUUUUGGCAGCUGUAGCUUCAGCAGUGAGGUUAAUGUGUCUUUAGGCGUAUACACGGCAAGGCGUGGGGAUGAUCACAUCUGCCCUAUGUUCUGCUGAGGUUCAGCAAGGAGUGAGGGCCCCUGGCUCUUUUAGGAUACAGUCCUCAGUUGAAUCAGCCUGUAUCAAUUUAAUUGGGCUGAAUGCAAAUAGCUCGUAAGGCCAAAAGGGGUAGGUGUUCCUUCAUAAUCUGUUCCAGAUGUGUUACGUGGCUGAAGGAGUUCAUUCUGAUAGUAUUUGAGAAAGGUAUACUCGUGGGGUAGGCUUGGACUAACUUUACUGAUGCUUCCAGAGUAUGCUGCAGACUGGCUUGGUCUGCCAAAUAAAGUCUGGGAGACUGGUUUGCAUGCCUGAAUUAAUUACAGUAUUGACUGUGUCAUGCUCAAUAGUGUUAGCUGCACUGCUCUGUCUUUCAAAAAACUCUGUUGAGUGAUGAAGCAAGUCCUAUUAACUGCUAUUCCAGUGUCUCCCACUAUGCUUUAAAGUCUGUUGUCUCCCACAGAGGCUUAGAGUUGCCAUGGGGGUCAUCUGAGAAAGGAAGUGGUGCAAGGCCUUUUGCUGCUGUCAUCCUCCGCUGGCUCAGAUGGUUCAUUUCAACAGUGUUUCUGGGAAAUGAAGGCUGAUUUAAGAGGCGCUUGUGCUGGGUCUGGGACUUGAUGGAGAAAAUUUAAAAAUAUAUACCUAGUCCCUUGAUGACAAGAACAGGAGGAAUAAAGUAUGUGGCUUUUACUAGAAGCUUGCAUGAAAGAACUAGGCUAAGUAUUGUUACCUGGUGUCUUGUAACAGAGGGCUGCCAUCAGAGAGGGAGGGUAGCCUGGCCCUGGUGGCUCUUGGUGGGUCUCUCCUGUUAUCUUCCUUGUCUGCUCAGUGGAAGAGGCUUUGCUGGGAUGAAAGAUGUAAUGGGGUCUUUGGCUUGAAGGACAAGAAUAUAACAGCAUAAAAAAAGGCAUCUGGGAAAUACCUUUUCAUUCUUAAUGAUCGCAGAGCUAAUAGGCUCCAACGUGACUUUAGUGCUUGCUAUUGACCAUCCCUGGUAAUGAAGCAUUGAUCUGUUCCUCACAUAAUAGAUUUAAAAAACAAAAAACAUAAAAAAAAACCUCAAAAAACAUCAAAAAAAAACAUUUAGGAGGAAUAUUGAGAGUGGAAAGAUCUAUUUUGGGGAGCUGAAGACAACUAUAUUAUAGAUGCUAACAUCAGGAAAAUCUUCAAGAGCAUCCAUUCUUCUUUCAUCCCACCCUCAAAUAAAGAUCCUGUGGAUGUUUUGUUUUGACAGCUUUCUCCCAGCAGCAGGAUGCAAAAUAGCAUCUGAUAUUCUUCUAGGAUUAUUUUGUAUUCUCAAAAAAAAAGAAAAAAGAAAAAAAAAAUCUGCUUGGGAAUAGAUUCAAAGUACUGAUUUAAGAGAGUUAUUUCAAAUGUUUCAAUCCGGAAUACCACAGUCCUCCCUGUGUGUCAGUAACUUCAGCUCCAGCCUACAUAUGAGAAUGGGAAGUGGGAAAGGUUACAACGAGAUCCAGUAGAUAUGCAUAGUUAAGCUGAUCAGAAAGCCCUGUGUUUUCGCUUGCCCGCGGGGAGUUCCGCCACACCUUCUUUAUUCACUCAGGUGGAUUGGGGAAGUUUGAGGGUUUGGUCUGUAUUUUCAGAACUGUUUUAUUGUAAAUCUGCAAAGAUGAGGAAUGAUCCUCAAGAAGAGGAAGCAGAACCUGAUACUUUGUUGUCCUUCCUUUUGGUUAAAUCCUGUACUGCCUGCACUGUAGUGAUGGACUCUUUACCCACUUGUUUCUCUGCUUCCAUGUCAUAUUUUGGUGGUUGUUGUCUUCCUGCUAUUCUGGCUUUCCAGCAGCUAUCCAUGUAGAAGGCUGCUGUGACCUAAUCAAAUACUUGUGUUUUCUGUAUUUGCCUAGGGAGGGAUACCCUUGUCCCCAGUGUUUGCCAUUGCCUUCCUAGAAUCUCAGCUUGUGGUUGUUUUGGAUAACCUCCCUGAGGAAGAUGGCCUCAGAGGAGCAGGUCUGGCCGGUCCCAAUGAAGGCAAUUGGAGCACAAAACCUUUUGACCAUGCCUGGAGGAGUGACCAAAUCGGGCUAUCUUCAUAAAAAGGGAGGCACUCAGCUGCAGAUCUUGAAGUGGCCACUGAGAUUUGUUAUUAUCCAUGAGGGAUGCAUUUACUACUUUAAGACCAGCACAUCUGCAUCUCCACAGGGAGCAUUUUCUUUGAAUGGUUACAAUAGGGUUAUGCGGGCAGCUGAAGAGACGACAUCAAGCAAUGUGUUUCCUUUCAAGUUAGUUCACAUUAGCAAGAAGCACAGGACGUGGUUUUUUUCUGCUUCUUCUGAAGAUGAAAGAAAGAAUUGGAUGCUAUCCCUGAGGAGGGAAAUCGAUCACUACCAUGAUAAGAAAGAAACAGUAACAGAAUUCAGUGACUCUGGUUCUGAUGCAGACAGUUUCUAUGGCUCAGUAGAACGUCCCAUUGAUAUCAAGUAUUCUCAUCAUUCAGCAGAUAAUGAAGAUUAUGACCAGGAGGAAGAUGAUGAGUCCUACUUGCAACCGGAUACUUCUGACAUAGUGAAAGAUGAUUUCAUGGUCCUGCCCCCAGCCUACCCACCUCCACCAGUCCCUCAUGUCAGAAAAGCUGCCUACUCAGAGUCAAGGUCACAUUCCUUUAGUGGAAAAACUGCUGGGUCUACACCACCACCACCACCUCCUAAAAGGAGCUUACCUGAGAUCAAGACAGAGGAUUUCUUCGGUGUGAGAGAGCCCCAGUUACCGUGCCGAGCUGAACCUAACCUAAAGAUUCAGUCCUCCAGCCGGAGACCAAGUGAACAGCCACCUCCUGUACCCCCUUUACCUCUUUUCAAAAAGCCUUUUUGUGUCAAAGAACCUUCCUCACUGCCUCCGGAACUGCCUCUAUCUCACGUUCUCACUACUACAGAAGGAUGCGAGAAGCUAAAAACCUUAAACCUUUCACCACGGACUCCUCCUCCACUGCCAAGCAAUAAACCCAAGUUGUCUCAGAUAACUGAAAAAACAGUAGAAAACAAGGUGCCAAGAGAACAUGGUAAACCAGGACUGUUUGUGCCACCAGUGCUUCCGAAGCCACCUGUGCCAGGCCACCAGCAUUCUGUACUUAAACCUAGACCAGAGAAACCUUCGUGUCCCCAGUUACAGAGAUCACCACCAGAUGGGCAGAGUUUUAGAAGCUUCUCAUUUGAAAAACCAGCACUGCCCUCCAAGCCAAAUCAAGUAAACGAUGAUUCUGAUGACGACUAUGAAAAAGUUGAGCUGCCUACUUCAAUAUUUCUUAAUACCUCAGAAUCCUUGGAAGUUGAAAGGAUAUUUAAAGCUACAAGCCCAAAGGGACAGCCACAGAAUGGAUUAUACUGCAUUAGGAACUCAUCUACUAAGGCUGGAAAGGUAUUGGUAGUAUGGGAUCAAUCUGCAGAAAAAGUGAGAAACUACAGAAUAUUUGAAAAGGAUUGUAAAUUCUACCUGGACGCAGACAUCAUGUUUCUGAACAUGGGGAGUUUGGUUGAAUACUAUAGCACUCACGUCCUACCUAGUCAUGGCAGCCUGAUUCUUCGGUGUCCUUAUGGUUACUCUAAACCAAGGUGACAGGGCCAGCAUAAUUCACUGACACUGAGGAAGAAUGGGUUCUCUGCUGUUCUGGAAUUAAAUGUGGACUUCUGCCACUGUUGGAUUUCCCAUUGUUUGCACACAGAACCUGAGUUUAUUUCAACCAUUUGUUCUCACGUGAACUGUGCCUCCACUUAAUGAACUCUUGGUAAAGUUUUACAAUGCGGAUCAGUGGAUUUUGUGCCUUUCAAUCAGAAAGAUCUGAGCAGACUUUUCUGUGAAGGCCAUCUGCGACACCUGCACCUUUAAAUGAAGCUGCUGCUAUUACUAAUCUCCUUGGAAUGUGGAAGAGAACAAUGUGCACAUGAACAAGAAAAUGUUGUGAAUACAACCAAUACGGAAGAGGGAAACUUCUGAAAAUACAUCAGAAUUCAUUUGUGACAGGGAAUACUAAUAUUCUGACUUGAAGGUUUUUACUCCUUAAGUCAGGACUGGUGCUGAACUUGUAUUAUUUGCAGGUUGAUGUGUAAAUAGUGAAGUCCUUUGUGCAAAUAGUUUGGUCUACUACAGGUAAAGACGAUUGGGAAAUGUGACAUUUUCUAAGCCAACUGAUACAUAAAUGUAAUUUGUGAUUACAGUGUCCACAGUAAUCAGUACUGGGGUGGACUAUCAGUCCAACAGAUAGGGUUAUGGCAUCAUGUGUAUUACUUAAGAACACUUCAGGGAGGUCUAGGGUUAAUGCUGAUUUGGUUUUAAAGGGAGUCCCAUUCCUUAUUUCCGAACCAGAAGGUUUGUUAAAACACAAGAAAAAGCUACAAUUAUUGUGGUUACAUUUAUUCUGUAUAAUGCUGUGGUCACUUUGUGAGGAUCAGGUUGUCAGCCAAUUGCAUUCUCUUCUGUUCCAGUGCAAAGCACCCUGCUCUAGUCUACUUUUUGUAGAACUCUACUAAUUUCUUCAUUAUUAAAAUCUCUCCUAGAUCAAAGCAAAUGCAAUGCAAACAAGAUAAAAUUAGUUUUUAAUGUACUAUCAGCACUACCAAUUAUAGGUGUUUGCAGGGUGCUUGUAAUGUUUGUUCCCUAAUAUCACGGGGACAGGUAUUGUAAACACGAGGGCUUGGUGGUUCUGAAAUUGCCCUACUCCUGAAUUUUUGUAAAGAGAAGGCUAUUUUCCUGACCUGCUUCAGUAACUUGGUUAAUUCAAAGUACUGUCAAAUUUUUAUCUUUAAUGUUCAUGAGACUUAAUAAAAAAAGAAUAAUUUGCUGUAACUCUUGAAACAGGAGAAGCUAUCUGGUUUCUAUCAGUUUGAAUCCAUUAAUUCCCCUUUUCUGCUACCUUUACAAAGGUUAUACGUGUCAGGUUUAAUCUUGUUGUUAUUAAAUGGUCACAGCUUUAAAAACAUUAAAAUGUUACAGAAUAAGAAUUUUGUUUUAUGGAAACAAUAAAAUAGGAUUUAAUCCCUAAGGGAUUUUUCUUAAUAAGCUGUAAUAAUAGGACCUCACAUAGAGCCAGAAGUUCUUGCCUUAAUUCCUUCAUUUUGCCCGAGACUGAUAUGCACAAUAUCAGUCAUUUGCUUUCUAUUCCCACUGUAAUAAACCUUUUUGUGAGCGUAAAUCAAAGAAUAUGCAGUACUUGAAUUUCAGAUUCUGUUGAAUAUCAGAUACAUCAAAUUUAUAAUUCCUUUUAUUUUUAAUAAGUAUCCCCGUGGUUCACUGAUCUGAUGUGAUCCGCUCCACAAAGAAAGCUCAGCCAACAAAGCACUCCUAAAAAUGUUGGCUUUUUUAGAUGCGUGUAUCUGUAUUUCAGGCAAGCUCUAGUUUUUUUUUUUUACAGUAUUUAUAUGUACUGUCUACAGAGUAAAUUUUCCUCUCUCUAGGAAUAGCUGACUCACUCCAUCCUGACAGUCAUACUUACAAUAUGCUAUGGGGCCAAAUUCAGGUAUUUAAUUUUUAAAUUUUUGUUUGCAAUUAUACUCUCAAGAUUUUUGAAUUGUAAAAAUCUUUCUGUAAUCCAAUACAUGUAAACCAUAACACUGUCUUUACCUGUAUAAGACUUCCAAAUAUGUAAAUGUUAAUGUUAAUUUUCUUUUUUAUACAAAUGUAUAUAUUUCUGAAGUGGAUAAACUUCCAAUGCAAACUCA